AUGCUGCCUGCCUCGAAGAAACAUGCCAGCGGACCUGCCCUGUCGGCGCGGGGCGGCGGGGCAGGGAGCGGAGCGGAGCGGGCGGACCCGCCUCCCUCCCGCAGCUCGCGCCUAACCUGUCGCUCUUGCCUCCCCUCGCAGGCUUCCUUCGGCAGCUCCAGCCCAGUUGGCUCUUUAUCUUCUGAGGAUCAUGAUUUUGACCCCACUGCUGAAAUGUUGGUACAUGAUUAUGAUGAUGAGAGAACCCUUGAAGAGGAAGAAAUGAUGGAGGAGGGCAAAAACUUCAGUUCUGAAAUUGAAGAUUUAGAAAAGGAAGGAAACAUGCCUUUAGAAGACUUAUUGGCAUUCUAUGGCUAUGAACCUACAAUUCCAGUUAUAGCAGGUUCCAGCGCAGAUAGUUCUCCAAGUGAACUUGCGGAUGAACUACCAGAUAUGACUUUAGACAAAGAGGAAAUUGCCAAAGACCUCUUGUCGGGUGAUGAUGAAGAAACACAGUCUUCUGCUGAUGACUUGACACCAUCAGUUACUUCACAUGAAGCAACCGACUUCUUUCCUCGACCAUUAAGAUCAAACACUACCUGUGAUGGAGAUAAGGAAUCAGAUGGUGAAGAUGUAGAGGCAGAUGCUGGUAAUUCAUCUGAAGAUUUGAGGAAGGAAAUAAUGGUUGGUUCACAGUAUCAGGCUGAAAUCCCACCUUACCUGGGGAAGUACAACGAUAAUGAAAAUGCAUAUGAAAAUGAAGACCACUUACUUUGGAGACCAGAUGUGAUUUUGGAGAGUAAAGUGAAAGAAUACCUUUUUGAGACCUCUUUAAGAACUGGAAAUGAAAAAAUGAUUGGCAGAAUUCAUGAAGGAAUACAGACACGGGACAAUGAACAAGCGCUGUAUGAACUUCUGAAAUGUAACCAUAACAUUAAAGAAGCAAUUGAAAGGUAUUGCUCAAAUGGAAAAGCCUAUCAAGAAGAGAUGACAGCGUGGACAGAAGAAGAAUGCAGAAGCUUUGAACAUGCACUCCUGAUUUAUGGGAAAGAUUUUCAUCUCAUACAGAAAAACAAGGUAAGAACUAGGACAGUUGCUGAAUGUGUGGCAUUCUACUACAUGUGGAAGAAAUCGGAACGUUACGAUUACUUUGCUCAGCAGACAAGGUUUGGAAAGAAGAGGUACAACCAUCAUCCAGGGGUAACGGACUACAUGGAUCGCUUGGUCGAUGAAGCAGAAGCCCUUGGUGGUGCAGUACAUUCUACAGCCUUAACUUCUAACAGCAGAACAGAGUCCAUUCCUGAUCAACAGCUAAGCAUUCUGAAUUCUAUCACUGCCAAUGACUUAACAGCAUUGACUAAUAGCGUAGCUACAGUCUGCCACUCUACAGAUGUGAACUGCUUGGAUGAUGCCUUUUCUCCUCUGGACAGCUUACCCCGAGCACCAGUUAAUCAUGUGCCUGUUGUAACAGAAGAGUUGCUUAACUUGCCCAGUAAUGGCGAAAGUGAUUGUUUUAAUUUAUUUGAGACUGGAUUUUAUCACUCAGAGCUAAACCCAAUAAACAUGUGCAGUGAGGAGUCGGAGAGACCUGCCAAGAGAUUAAAAAUGGGGAUUGCGGUCCCUGAAUCUUUUAUGAAUGAUGUUUCUGUAAAUAACCUUGGUGUGGACUUUGAGAAUCACACACAUCAUAUUACCAGUGCCAAAAUGGCUGUCUCAGUGGCUGACUUUAGCAGUCUAUCUGCAAACGAGACAAAUGGCUUCAUCAGCACCCACACUCUACACCAACAUACUGCCCUUCACUCAGAAUGAUUCCAGCAGUGGACUACAAAAACAGUGGGUACUUUAUGCAGUAGCAGUAAACUUGAUGGAAACUAUCAGGUUUGCUUAGUCUUUCACUGGAAGUUUGAACUUUAUGACAUCAGUGAUGUCUUUGUAUGUAUAGAACUAUAUCUUGAUUUAUCAAGAGUAAUUUCAUUUUUCAAUCCAUAAAUGUGGAAAUGUCAUAUGAUGUUCGGCAGAGUUUGGAACUAAGAGAACUCUGUGGUGCAGCUUUAAGCUCUGCUUCAAUUUUUUUUCUUUUUUUAAAGCCUGUAGACAGAGUCCACCAUCUCAAAACCAGCACAGAAGUUCUGAACUGAUUGGAGUGGCUUUUUAGUCUAAGUUACUUUUGCCGUAACAGAUGCAGUGGAAUAACGAUGUUUACAGGUACCAGUCCUGAUUCCCUGCUCAAUGUAGCAUUUUUUUUUUUUUUAAUAAAGGCAGGGAUGGUUUCUUUAAUUUAAACUGCACAAACAUACAAGGAUGUUUUUUAAAUGGAACCUUCUCUCAUGUGAUACUAAACUAGAGCACUUCAGUUUACAAAACAGCAAGUUCAUCUUGGUGGAAGCUAGCACAAGGGACUACAUGAGCAAAGGAUGAAGACACACACUUGGAUGCUGUUGCAAAAUUAUAGGCCAUGGCUACCUUACACAGAAGUAAUUAUACUGCCAGAAGGUGUCUGUGUACUUAAAACUUAUUGGCUAAAGCAAAUGAAUUUUAGGGUAUUACAUUCUAAUGGGGUUUUGUCCACAGCUUUAAAGAACAUAAUGUAAUAAAUAACACCAGUUAUUGUGUAUCCUAACUCUUUCCAGAGGCAGCUGAUGUUGUAUAAAGCCACCGUCUGCACAGCUUAGGAUCUACCACUAAAUGGUUUAUGUUUUGGGACACACCUUAAAUUGUUUGAAGCACUGCAGUUCAAAGUGUUACACUUGAGGGACUAUCUAGAUUUAAUAUAAAAAUACAGUAGAACCUUGAAGUAUGUAUCUGAAAGCUUUCUUUGGCAUGGAUAACAUUAAUUUGUUUUGGCUGGUCAUUGUCUCAAAAUGGCACUUUGCCACUUUUCUCAAAUAGAGUUGAGAAGUACAGUUGCAUUCCAUACUCCAAAGAAUUGUUUUGUUUCAUUAAAAAAUUUUUGAAAAUUUGAUGAAACUUUAGUCAGAAACUUUGUGGAUGGCCAUCAAGGAUUCUUGUAAUACUUUUUCUUUCUUUUUUUUUAAAGUUAUGAUGCUAUUCAAACAAACUAAUAUUGGCAUGCAAUAUACUUCCAGAGUGUGCAACUUUCAGGUUAAUUUUUGGUCAGUCCUGAGUUGUAGUAAAGUACAGCUGAAUUGCAGUAGACUUGCCCCAUAUGCUUUUCUUUGCACUGUCCAUGACACAGAUUUAAUUGCCACUAACUUUUUUUAAUGAUUUAAGUUUUGACUGCAUUGUUGAUAUUUGUAGUAUUUGCUUCAAGGUUAUACUGAGUAACUAGGAAAGUAGUGACUUAAGUAGUAUUUGAAAGGGAAGAGGGUAUUUAUUAUGCAUACUGUGAACUGCAUUGACAUCCUGAGUCUUGGAUGCAGCGUAUUGGGUUUUCUUUACAGCAUUUUAAUGAAGAUUGCUUUAAAGUGUUUACGCAAUAGCACAUUUACUAUAAAAAUUAGUUUAGCACAGUGGACAAAAGUAGUUAGUGAUAAUUUGUUAUCAAUUCUUUAACUUAUACAUCUGAAGUGUAUAAUUCUAGUAAGUACACAGUAAAUAACAGGUAGCCUUGGCCCUGUGUUGUACUCUGACAUUUUUAGCCGAGUUGUCAGCUUCUUGUUGCUGUGUUUUGUGCUGAACUUUGUACCUUGUUUCUUUUGUUUAUGAAUCAACACAUUUUAUGUAAUUUUGUAAAAUACUGGCCAUAAUCUUUCAUUGUUAUACAUUCAAGUUUAACUAUGGGUUUACAGUGGCUGGUCUGUAUAAAAAUCAUUACACAAAAGAUGACUGAAUGCUUAUACCAGUUGCACUUAAAUGAACAUGCCCAUUCUCACUAGCUGAUGCAGUAAUAUAUUCAGUUUAUCUAUGCAUUGCUGGGAUCUUAAUAUAGACAGAGAGUUGUCUAAAGUUUGGAUUGUCAGCAAGUUGAAUGGACACUUUAGUUAUUUAAUAAAGACUUUUGACCAAAAUUCAGAAAAUUGUAUGAGAGAAAAAUGAAUUCCGGCUAGUCUGAUAGAUUUUUUUUUUUUUUUAAAUGCUGAUCUAAUUUAGCCUCUUGGCUAGCUAGCUGGUAUCGUUUACUUUUAAUUCCUUGUUAAAAUGAGGCAAUAAUUUGCAAGAUUUUGUAAAUAUGUAAAUUCUGCAUAUCUUUUUAGAUAUCUAUUUCAAUAUUUUCUGACUACUUCUGUGUAUAGUAACAUUUUUGUGCAUGCUUGAUGUGACAUUCAUAAAAUUUGUACCACUAUGACUUUAUCCAUGUAAAAUAGCUAUUUAUUGAAUUUUUCUUUUAAAAGCUGGACUUACUUAUUUUUCUCUCAGUUUAAACAUUUUAAAUGGAGAACUUGUUACUGUUUAUUAAAAGAAUUGCGUUUUGAGGGUCAUGAAGAUAACUGAAUUACAAACACAUGAAGAAGUUAUUGCCUUGAUUUUCAGAUGGUGAAGCACAAUUCUUAUAACAAACUGUGAUGAAUUCUUUGUCCUUUGCCACAUUUUUUUCUCUUCAUACAAACAAACCAAAAAUCCAUAAUGGGCAAUUGCAGUGUUGGUAGAUAUUUUCUUCUUUUUCAUGUACAGGGAAUCUGAAGAGGAUAGCUGAUUCAUUUAGAAGUGUAACUGGUGCUGUGGUUUAUAGCAAUACUUUUACUUUUGUUAGUCCAUAUGUCAUCUUCUCAUGCUAGAUUUUUAAACGUUGAGUUUUCCUCUUGUCAUGGUCAAACUGCUGAAUUUACUUGAAGGAUGUACAAUACUGUUUGAAGAAUACUAAAUUAUGUACAAUUAGGUCAAUGAAUUGUGCAAUUGUUUCCUGUUUUUAAUUUUUAAAACUGAGGGUCAAAAAUGUGUAAAAACUUCAGAUCCAGUAGAACAUAGUAAUACUACUUAAUUUUAACCAAAGUCUCUAGUGAGUAUUUCAACUUUUGAAUGUAAACUAAUGGAUAAACUGACCAAUGGGGAUGCUAUUUGCCCAGAGCUACAAGCACAUUGUCUGCAGACAGGAAACUAAAUACCGUAAUUUAUAAAUUAAUGACAAGAUUACGAUGUGUUGUUUGUUUGUUUUUAAUUCCUAUUUUGCAUUGGAAGGAGGAAUAUAUUGCCAGUUGUUAAAAAUGCAGUAGGUAUCAUUAUGGUCCUCCUAUCCUAAUCAGCCAGUGAUUCCAGUUGGAAAUAAGUACCCUGUGCAUAAUGACAUGAAUUAGUGACAAUCGGCACAAGUUUUAGUAUCAGAUGUUCAAGAGGAAGUUGCUAUUGUUGCAUUGGUUUUAAUAUUUGUACAUAAACACUGAUUUUUUUGAGCAUUAUUUUGUAUUUGUUGUACUUUAAUACCUGGUGUACAGUUCCAGAAAUAAAUGUCUGGAAACCUUU